UAUAGAGAUGGGAAAUCUAAAGUUGAUACUUGUGGCGGUAAUGACAUUGGUGUUGUUAGAUGGGUUGUGGUGUCAUGGGUGUUGGGACCAAGAGAGGACUUCACUCUUACAACUCAAACCUUUCUUCACUCGCCUUAACUGGCCAAUGAAGGGGGAGGAGAGUUCAAACUGUUGUCAAUGGGAAAUGAUCAAGUGCAAUACUUCUACAGGGCGAGUAGUCAAACUAUCCCUUGAAAAUCCUUUCAAAUGGCGGGAACUGCCUUAUGAGUCGCUACAUAUAUAUUAUGGAUGGCCUGGGUGGUAUCUAAAUGCAUCUUACUUUAUCCCCUUUGAAGAAUUGACAAGUCUUAACCUCAGUAACAAUGGGAUACUUGGUUGUAUUGAGUAUGAAGGAUUUGAAGUAUUGUCAUCGAGGUUGAGCAAUCUAGAGGUUCUCGACUUAAGUGGCAACAAAUUUGAUUCCAGCAUUAUAUCAUCUCUAAGUGAGAUUUCUUCUCUCAAGUCACUUUAUCUAUACAAAAAUGAGAUGACAUCACCAACACAUAAAAAUGAUUUUGGAAGAUUAUCGAGGUUGAGGAAUUUGGAGCUUCUUGAUUUGAGUAAUAAUAAUUUUGAUAACAAAAUCCUCUCAUCCCUACAAGAUCUUUCUUCCUUGAGAGUUUUAAAUCUCGCAAAUACCGGAUUGAAUGGAACAAUUCAUGCACAUGAAUUUAAUCAUCUGAUCAACUUGGAGAAGUUGGAUAUGAGCUGGAAUAGAAUUGAAAGCUUUGGUUCCUUUCAAGGUGUUGAUAGACUACUGCCAUGGAGUAAUCUGGAGGUCCUUAAUUUGGAGGAUAACCUCUUCAAUAGCAGUGUUCUUUCUUCCCUUCGUGGACUUCUCCAACUGAAGUCUCUCAAUUUAGCCUACAACCAGAUGGCGGGGGCUUUCCAUGUUAGAGAGUUGGAAUCGUUAAAGAAGUUAGAGGAGCUAGACAUCAGCAACAAUGCGAUUGAAAAGUUUGUGGGCCCUGAAGAUACAACAACUCUGGACAAGCUUAAGAUCCUCCGACUAGAGUCACUAUACCACAAAGGAGGAGGAAGCCUUGUACUGCAAUCAAUAGGAGGGUUCUCAUCCCUGAAGACACUGGAUCUUCAAUAUAGUAAUCUCAGUGAGACAACAAUCCAUCAAGAAUACCAUACUAGGACAAGGUUAUUAUCUCUCUUUAACUAUAUUGAUUUUCACUUAUCAUAUAUAUCAAACCGCUCUAGCUUACUUUUCUCAUUAUUAUCCACAGGCAACUGUAAAUUAUAUAAAUUGCAAAUGAUUUACUCUGCAGGUUUGUGCCAAUUGAAGAACUUGCAGGAGCUUUAUCUGUAUGCUAAUUCACUUGAGGGGACACUUCCACAAUGUUUGGCUAACCUAUCAUCUCUUAGGUAUUUGGAUAUAUCCCAAAAUCAACUUACCGGCAACCUUGCCUCCACUCCCAUAUCCAAUCUCUUGUCCAUCGAGUCUCUCUCACUUGGAUAUAACAAGUUUCAAGUUCCAAUAUCACUCCAUUCAUUUGCAAACCUUUCAAAUCUUAAGCGUUUGUACUGCUGGGAAUGUGACUUAAGUGUAGACACUGUCCGUCAAACUUGGACUCCAAAAUUCCAGCUUCAAGAGUUAGAUUUGUCAAGUCAUACACCAAAGAAAUAUAAGCUGGUAAACCUUCCAAACUUCCUCUACUACCUGUACGACUUGAGAUCCAUUGAUCUCUCUGGUAACAACUUUGGUGGAGUGUUCCCGUUGUGGUUAUUUGAAAAUAACACAAGAUUGGAGAAGAUUUCGAUGAAUGAUAACUCCAUUGUGGGCUUCUUUCCAUGUCCAUCUCAUCCCAAUCCAAAUCUUUCUAUGAUGGACAGAUCCCACAAUCAGCUACAAGGUCAAAUUUCGACAAACAUAAGUUCAAUUUUUCCAAAUCUAAAGUACUUAUAUUUGUCUGAAAAUUCUUUUCAAGGCAAUAUCCUGCCUAGUUUGCGUGAUAUAAAGUCUUUAGAAGAUCUGGAUAUUUCAAAGAAUAAUUUUUCGGGUGCUAUACCGGAGCAAUUUGUCAGCCCGUGGUCCUCGUUAACAUAUGUGAAACUAUCAAACAACAAAUUUUGUGGUCAUGUACAUCGAACAAGUUUCAACUCAAGUUUACUUGAGUAUCUUUGGUUGGAUAACAAUAAGCUUGAAGGGAAGAUACCUUAUUUCUCAUCCCUGAACUCUCUAGUUUUGUUGGAUAUAAGUCGUAACUCCUUCUCUGCUGGUUGGAUUCCAAGAUGGAUAUCAAAGUUAUCAAAUUUAAGGACAAUGGUUCUAUCUGAUAAUCAAUUGGAGGGUCCUGUUCCUCGAGAAUUAUGCAAUAUGAAUUAUCUUUAUUUUUUGGAUCUCUCAAGGAACAAUCUUUCUGGAAAUAUUCCACCUUGUUUCAUCAAUUUAACAAAUUUGGAGAGUGUUCAUUUGUACAAAAACAAGUUGUCAGGAUCAUUGCCUAGUGCCUUUAUGAGUUUUACUGAGAUGGUGACUCUAGAUCUCAGAGAUAACAACUUCAGUGGCACCAUCCCAAAUUGGAUCGGGAACCUCUCAAACUUGGGUGCUCUUCUAUUGAAAGAAAAUCAUUUUCAUGGUGAAAUUCCUAUUGAGUUAUGCAAAUUAAACCAAUUAAGCUUCUUGGAUCUUUCGUUGAAUAAUUUUUCAGGUCGCUUGCAUCCUUGUUUAGGUAAUUUGAGUUUUGAAAACCAAAAUGGCUUUUCAUCUUCAAAUCUCCUUAAUCAUUUGGGUGUAAAUGAGAUGAUAGAGUUUGUGACAAAGAACAUUUUACUUGGUUACUCAUCAUCUUCUAGCCUUACUGGAAUGUAUGGGAUUGACCUCUCCAGCAACCAGUUCUGUGGUGAAAUCCCCAAUCAAUUUGGAAACUUAAGCAAGGUCAAAGCGCUAAACCUAUCGCACAACAAUCUGAUUGGGCCUAUCCCAGAGACAUUCUCCAACUUAAAGAGCUUAGAAAGUUUGGAUCUUUCUUACAACUACUUGAAUGGCCGAAUUCCCCCACAGUUUACCGAGUUGAACUCUCUUGAAGUGUUCACCGUGGCACACAAUAAUUUGUCAGGACCAGUUCCAGAUAGGAAAGCUCAAUUUGGGACCUUUGAUGAAAGCAGUUAUGAGGGAAAUCCUCGUCUUUGUGGACCUCCAUUGAAUAACAGCUGCAAUGAAAUCGAUUCUGAAUUGCCAAUUCCAAAUGAAUUUUCUGGUGAAGGUGAUGAUGAUAGUUUCAUGGACAUGUUUGUUUUCUACAUCAGUUUUGCGGUAUCUUACAUCAUGGUAUUGUUGGCAAUCGCAACAGUGUUAUGCAUAAAUCCAUAUUGGCGGCAAGUGUGGUUUUACCAUAUAGAGUUGUGGAUUACUUGUUGCUAUUACUUUUUAUUGGAAAAAUUCAUAUAAGCAGUCCAGCUUCUUUUGUUCCCAGAUGCUAUGCAGUCCUACAAGUAUGCUUGUUUUGAACUCAUUAUAAGUUGGUUUGAUAAACAAUUGAGGCAAUGUAUAUAUGCAAUGAAAUUGCCUUGUUUAUUUUCAAAUAAA